UUAUACAAUCACACACAGACUACUGCAUGCUUUAUGUUGUGUAACUUGCUGUAACGGGUUCUUCAUACAAAUAUCCCAGGAAAAUUGUAGUAAACAUUUUACUACAUAUCUAGUUUGGCAGUUUUUCAAUAUGAGUUGUGUAAAGGAAGAAACCCGAAGCGUGUCUCCUCAUUGUCCGAAGCCUAACGAAUCUGAAGAACCGCUGGGUACGGCUAUGGAGGAGACUUUGCCUGGAAAUUCAGAUGCAAGUGUGAAAGCUGAAAAUGCGGUGUCUGAAGUUGUCAUCACAAAAGAGAUGGAGGAAGAGGAGAUGCAGUUGGUGGAGAAAGGAGAGAAAAAAGAAGAGGAGAUUAUGAAAAAGGCUCGGGAAGCUCAGAAGAAGGAAACUCAUGACAUUCGCUUCAAGAGACUGCAACACUUGCUGGAGAAAAGUAACAUAUAUUCCAAAUUCCUUCUUACAAAGAUGGAACAGCAGCAGCAGGAGGAAAUGCUGAAGAAAGAAAGACUGGUAAAGAAGGCAGAGAAGAGCAUUGGCAAAAAGGCUGGGAGAGUUGAAAAAAAUAAAAGGGAGAGAGAGGAAGACUAUAAAAUUGCUGAUGUCAUGUCUAAAGAGGAAAUUAUGUCCAAGGCCAAGAAACGUAAAGUGGAGGAAGAGGAUGUCCCUUGGAUGAAGAAGCUAGAAGCAGAGGACAUCGAAAAGAUGAGUGACUCCAAUGCUGACAUCAAGGGCCGUCUGUCAGAGACUGUGAGAGACAAUGCCGAGCAUCUACUGGACCCAGACAGGAAGGUGAACGGGCAGGCUGUGCCCGCCCAGCAGCCCUUGCUCUUCACUGGGGGAGUCAUGAGGUCUUACCAAAUAGAGGGUGUGGAGUGGCUCAGGAUGUUGUGGGAGAAUGGUAUCAAUGGGAUCCUGGCAGAUGAGAUGGGUCUGGGGAAGACCAUCCAGUGCAUCGCCCACGUGGCCAUGAUGUUGGAGAGAAAGGUGAUGGGUCCCUUCCUGGUAGUGGCCCCCCUGUCCACUCUGCCCAACUGGAUCAACGAGUUCAAGCGCUUCACUCCAGAGGUGUCAGUGCAGCUGUACCAUGGGCCUGCUAAGGAUAGGAUGGCGUUGUUAAAGCAGAUUCGUAAGCCCCAGGGACCUCACAACAUGUUCCCUGUGGUGGUCACCUCCUUUGAGAUUGCCAUGAUAGACAGGAAGUUUCUGCAGCGCUUCCACUGGAAGUACCUGAUUGUGGAUGAGGGCCACAGGAUCAAGAACCUGAACUGCCGACUGGUGAGGGAAUUGAAGAUGCUGCCCACGGACAACAAGCUGCUCCUGACGGGCACACCGCUGCAGAACAAUCUAGCUGAGCUGUGGUCACUGCUCAACUUCCUUCUGCCUGAGGUGUUUGAUGACCUCAAGAGCUUUGAGUCGUGGUUUGACAUCGACACCAUUGGUUCGGAUGCGAAAAAUGUUGUGGCUAACGAACGAGAGCAGAACAUCCUGCACAUGCUCCAUCAGAUUCUGACGCCAUUCCUGCUGAGAAGACUGAAGUCUGACGUGACGUUGGAGGUGCCGCCCAAAAAGGAGAUUGUUGUGUACGCUCCACUCACUGCCAAACAGGAGUCUUUUUACACUGCUGUGGUCAACAAGACCAUCGCCAAAAUGCUGGGCCAGGUGAAGGUGGAGGCUCCAGUGGUGCUGACGACAGACGGCAGGCCUAAGCGCAGGACCAGGAGGCCUGUGGACUACAAAGAGACUGAUGGUGACACGUCCUACGACCUGGAGAAAUACCUGGAGAGGGUUCAGAAGGAGGCUGAGCAGAGCCCCGCCCCGGUUGUGGACGUACAGAUGCCCCUGGACUCCCAAAUCAACCUGAAACUGCAGAACAUCCUCAUGCUGCUGAAGAGGUGCUGUAACCACCCCUACCUCAUAGAGUACCCACUGGACCCGGCCACUCAGGGGUUCAAGAUUGAUGAGCAACUGGUCCAGACCUCAGGGAAAUUCCUCAUUCUAGACAGAAUGCUGCCAGAGCUGAAGAAGAGAGGACACAAGGUGCUGAUUUUCAGCCAGAUGACGUCCAUCUUGGAUAUCCUAAUGGACUACUGCUACCUGCGGGGUUACCAGUACAGCCGACUGGAUGGGAGCAUGGCCUAUCCUGACAGAGAAGAGAACAUGACAAAGUUCUCGUCUGACCCAGAGGUGUUUCUCUUCCUACUGAGCACCAGAGCAGGUGGCCUGGGCAUCAACCUGACUGCUGCUGACACGGUCAUCAUCUUUGACAGUGACUGGAACCCUCAGGCUGACCUGCAGGCCCAGGACAGAUGCCACCGUAUCGGGCAGACAAAACCCGUGGUGGUGUACCGACUGGUCACUGCCAACACCAUCGACGAGAAGAUCCUGGAGAGAGCGUCAGCCAAGAGGAAGCUGGAGAAGAUGGUCAUUCACAAGAAAAAAUUCAAAGGAGGAAAGGCUGAGCUCAAACAGACCAAGAGCUGCGUCGACGUGUCUGAGCUGAUGGAUCUUCUCAACGCCAGAGAUUACGAGAAGGAAGUGAAAAGCACCAAGGGGAAGGUCAUUAGUGACAAGGAUCUGGAGGCUCUGCUGGACCGCAGUGACCUUCUGGACAAGGCCCAGAGGAGCUCCAAACAGAAGGUUGGCGUUUUCAAGGUGAUCGAAGCCAAAGAAUCAUCGGAGAUCAGCUUGACCUAAGUUUGAAAGGCGCAGAUGUGAUACUCCUAAUGGCUGGAUCCUAAGGGUCCACUGCUCUGCUGUUCGUUGUAGUACUGAACCAACUGAGACGGAAACCCGAGGACUUACUCAACCCAUUCUCCUGAAACUACUGUUUAUACUAAAGUUGAUGUCUUUCUUUACUGCCUAUGGUAAAUGUUUAUCUUUUGGUUGUGGAGUUUGUAAAAUGCUGUUUGUUAUAGUGGAGACCGAAUCAUGUCUUCCAGAAGAUAGUGUUCAUAUACACUGAGUGUACAAAACUUCAGGAACACCUUCCUAAUAUUGAAUUCCGCUCA